CUGUAGUAUAACAAUAAUUAUCAAAUGAACAUCUGCUAGGGACCGUGUGUCAAAAGGCCUGGACAUCAAGUCAAACACGGCCGGCGCGUUAUUUCCUUCCUUCAGAUAUACGCGUUGUCCAUAGGAACGCGCCUUUGUUUCAUUGGCACUGUACAUAUUUAAUCUCGCAAUAGCCAGCACUAUGUCUUGCCUUACCUGAGUAGUGGUCAUACGGCUCGCAAGUUAGCGACUCCUUGAAGGGGCUUUGGCCAUACCAGAGUGAACCUAAUGGUGAUCUGGUUCCAGAGCCGGCAGAAGGAUCUGGUGGUUCUCUACUGUUUUUGAGGGCUGACGGAGAUGAACUCGAAAUGCCUGGACAGGCCCGUCGUGGCUCCUGGGGUUGCAACGACGAGCUUGGCUACCGGAGCUAUGCAGGCUGCUUCGUCCACAAACGCCUCCUCCUUCAACCAGGGAGCCGCAUUGCUGCAGCCUCUAAUUGAUGCGGCGUUUCCUGAGACCGGUGAUCCCUUAUGUCGACUGCGUCGGAGGUUUGCUUCUUGGCUGGCUAGCAGCCCGUUUCCCGUCUUAGGGCCGUACCAUGCGCUGUUGACCAGCGCGGGCCAAGUCCUUCGUUUCGAGCCAACUUUGCUGCAAAAUCCAGGAGCAUUGCUUCAAAAGCUAAGAGUGCUGCUUCUCAGCCCGGAAAACCGUGGCAUUUUCGCAAUCAGCACAGCGGACGGCAAGGAAGUUGUAUGCCUGGACGAGCUAGCCCUUCGGCGGUUCGUUAACGACAGCUCCAGCGCCAGCGGCGGUCCGGGCUUGCUUACUCUUCCUUCAUCGCCGUGGGAUGCUGCAAUGGACGCUGCGCUCCAACUUGGCAUCCCGCGUGCCUCCGGUGAAGGGCUACAGGUCAGCCUUAGCUCCGACAGCAGCCUCACCGCAGCAGCCUCCCUCAUGACUAACAGCAGUGUACCACUUACAAGCGGCCAAGGGAGCUGCUCCCUCACUGGCGUGCAAAGUGUUGGCCUGGAAGGCGGUGAUCAACUGGACUCAUUGACCCAGCCGGUGUUGGCCGCUAUUGCGGCGGCCUGGCCUGGCACGGGAGCUCUGGCCAGGUUAAAGCGGAGGGCUGCGCUCGCCCUUGCCGCUGCGCAGGAUGGUCCGGAGGGGCCUUACUCCAUGUUAGCGUCGGCCCUUGGCGAUGUUCUUCACAGACACGAGCCGGAUGCGGUGGCGGAACUACGCCACCCUGUUACAAAAACCCUCCGCGUCAAACAGCUUUUGCACGAGGGAGGCCACAUAGGCGACGCCGCAAUGCCGUUGCCAGGCCUGGGUUCAUCGGGGAAUCUCAACAGCAGCGUCAAUGCCGCCGGCGCGACCGCAAAUGUCGCGACCGAGGGCGCAGGAUUUUUGCGCGUCGUCAAGGGCAAGUACGACAUCGUCGUUGUUCUCGACUUGCCAGCGCUCAUGCAAGUUUACGGCAAGUGCGGCCCUGCAACAGGGGCUGCCUUGCCAACGCAGCUGCAGCAGCUUGCGGCGCCGUCACAUGCGCUCAGGCAGGUAUCAUUAUGCGCGAACAGCGCCAGCACCGCGGCCGAGGGGCCUGCUCAUACUGACAUCCAGACAUCACUACUCGGCAAGUCGCCCGGAGAUGGAUCAAUUUCUGGCGAGGCUGGUAUGGCCUCGCAGACAGCGCUCUCGCAGGGAAGCGGUGGCGCCGCAGCGGGCGGAUCAGGGGUAAUCGAGGGCGUUUCAGAAUUGGCGCUGCGGGCUUUCCCGGGCUCCGCGCCCGCGGCUCAGCUGCGGCGUGCCAUUGUGGUCCACUUGGCCGGCUUGCCGCGGCGGUCACAGCAGUGGACGCACCUGGGCAUAUUCGUCGCGAGCUCGCAGGCACACCUGUGGCUGAACCCAUCAAACAGGUGGCCCAAGCUCAAGGCGUUUGUUAUGCAUCCGGAUUCAAGGGGCGUUUUCUUGGACGUGCAAAUGCCCGGACCGGGAGCGGCCGCUGGCUUGGUCGCACUCGACCCAACAGCGCUGAGGCGCGCCGCAGCCGCCGGUCUGGCCACUGCCAUCAACGCCGCGUGGCCAGGACAUGCCCCGCUGGAGCGCAUUCGCCGCGCAGCGGCCUUUACACUCGCCUUUGCUGCACGCGGCCCCGCAGGUCCCUAUACCAUGCUUGGCAGCGCGCUGGGCACUGCCAUCCGGAAGCGGGACAAGGAGGCGUUUGACGCGCUCGCGGGCAUGGGAAAGCUUUCGGAGCUCUUGGACGAUACCAGUGUGGGCGGGGCGGGAGGAGGCGCGCCGUGGGAAGCGGGCGGCGGUGGCGGUGGCGGGCCGGGAGUAAGCGGCCCGGGUGGAGGUGGGACGAGCGAGGCGGAUGCGGCUACGAACCCUUCGCCUCCCGGCUCUGGAGGUGGAGCUGCGGGCGGUACUGGGGGCUAUAUUGUCAGCUUUAAGAAGGACCAAGAUGGAUUCUUUCGGCUUCGUCUGGAGGUCCUCCUUCAGGACUGGCCUCGCGAGGACCCCGCAACAGGGGCCAGCGGCAGCCGUGUCCCAGGCAGCGGGUCGGACCCUGGUAGCGACCUCGCUUCCUUUGCACCCUCCACUCCUGCAGCCUUUGCCGUAGGACCCGCCUUUUCAACUGUCUCCGCCGCCAGCCUCUCCCUCCUCUCCGGCGCAGCAGCCCACAGCGCUGCGGGCUCCGCAUCCGGUGACGUCAGCAGCCCUCCGCUCGAGCAGGAGCUCCUGCGUCGCUUCCCGCCGCCGCAGGGCACUCUUGCGAACAGCGAGCAGGCCACCAUUGCUGCUGCGAAGCGUUGCAUUGCGCGGCUGUUGGCCUGGGCGCCGCCCCCGCACCAGCUUACCUUUGCCAAGCUAGGCGCGCAGGUGCCCAAGCUGCUGGGCGGGGCGCGCAUCGGCCGUAACCUGCGGCUGGUGUGCUUGGAGGAGCCCGACGUCUUUGCGGUACAGUCACAGAGCCCCACCGUGCACGUCGUUCGUCUCAUCUGUCCGCGCCUGCUACAAAUGGCCCAAGAGCAGUCUGAGCGCAAAGGCCCGACCAUGCUACAGCCGCCUCAACAGGCGUUGCCGCCAGUUAUGCAAAUGUAUGCACAGAAACACCCCGGAUCAGUGCAGCAACAGCUGAACAACAUGCUGCAACUCCAGGCCCACAACCCUGCCCUCAGUCCGCAGCUGCAGCUUCCCCCAGGGGUUGCGGUGGCAGCUCGUGCCCCAGCUCUCAUCCACCCCGCCGCCCAGCUUCGCCUGCAGCCGCCGUCUCAGCGGCUGCUGCUUCAGCCGCGGGCGGAUCAGGACGUAACGGGCUUUCAGCAGCACAUCCAGUUGCUGGGGGCUUCUUCCGCCGACCCAGGGCGCCAAGCCGCAGCCGCAAAUGCGGGGUGGGCGGCUCCUUGGCAGCUGUCCCAGCCGCCCCAGCAGCAGCUUCGCCAGCACGCAUCGCAGGAGCAGCAGCUGCUACUGCUGCAGCAGCAACAAGGCAUACCUCCCCAACAGCACAACCUGACCAGCGGCGCUGGAGGCGGGGUGCCUCCGCGGCUUUUCGACGAUCGCAUCUCCAUCCACAGCUCCGCCUCCGUUGCCUCCCUGAGCGGCGUGGGUGGUCCGGGCGCUGACGGCUUCAGCGCUCAUCCUAUCGACAGCGGCCCUGUAUCUUGGCACCGUAACAGCGGUGGCGGCUCUAGGAGCCUGGCCCAGCAGCAACAAGAGCAGAUCGCCGCCGCGGCUGCGGCAGCAGGGCCCACUGCAGGCGGCGUGCCGCAGCGCAUCCAGGACUUUGCUGCCUCUGCACUCGUGGCUGAACAGGCCCUGCAGCCGCAAGGCUCCUCCGGAUCACCCAUCUUGCCACACACCGCUGUGCACGUCCUGGCGGACCCCUAUUCCUCGGACUUUCUCGCCGUCUUGCAGCACUGUCAUGCAUGCCCCCAGAUCGGACUGGCUGUUCAGGUGUACGACGGUCGUCCAGCGCUCGUGUCGCUGUACGCCCCUUCCGCCAUGGCGAUGGCCCCAGCGGACGGUGCCGUGGGCGGGUUGCCUGAGGCCUGGUCGCCUGCGGUAUACGUACUGGACUGCACCGCAAGUUCUGCUGGGGAGGGCCCCGAGGCGCUUGUGGCUGCGCUGCUGGCUAACCUCCGCAGCCUGCUUGAGGAGCCGGGUGUGGCCAAGGUGGUGCAUGGAUGCGAGCAGAUCCGGGCCUUGGAGGUUGCUUCUGGUGCCACGAUCGCGCCGCUGCUAGACACACGCGUCCUGCUGGACGCCGUUUCCACGUUGCUGCCACCACUGCCUCCCCUGCCUUCAGUGGCAGCGGUUGCUGCGGCGGCAGCUGCGGGACCUCUGCCCGUCCGCGGCUACAGCUCUGCCGAGGCAGCCGCCAUGGCGCAGCUGUCGGCACAUAUUGGCGGGCUGCGCGUGGCGUUGCAGUCUGUGGAGCUAUGGUCCGACCGGCCCGAGAUGGUUGCGGUGCUUUCGGAGCUGCACUUUGCGGCUCAUCGCGCGGAACUCUGGGCUGCGGCAGGCAGAGACAGCACGUGGCUGUCGCGGCCGUUGACAGAGAGCCAGGUGGCGGUGGCGGCGCAGGCGGUGCACCACCUGCCGGAGCUCUGGGCAGCGCUGUGUGAGGCGGUCCCCUGGCUGGCUGCGCACGCGGCGCUGCGGCUCAUGCAGCACCUGCGCGCUGUGCCAGUUGGGCUGGGCGGUCAGGGACAGGGAUAGUUCGCUAGCAGCAUCCGGGGACCUGGGGAGAGUUACCGCGGUAUGGUAGUGUGUGAGUGCGAUUGAUUUGUUUUGGGCCGCAGCGGCCGUGCCGCGUGUUUCUCUAGGCUGUGGUCGCGACGGUAUUGUGAUUAGCUUGUCGGUGUGCGUGAGAUGUGCGCGCUUUUGUGUGGCUAUAGGGUCUUAAAGUAUCGGUCGCUAAUGUGUGCAGCUUGAUUCGAGCUAUUAGAUGCUAGAGCGCCUUGUUACGGCUGAGUGUAAAGGACGGCUUCUUGCAUGCCACUGCAUGCUUAGCUGCAUGUCCGCUUACCCGUACGGGUCAAGCCUUGCGAACUUCGGAGUCGUACACAUCCUCCCUCUGUAUACUCCCUAAUGCAUCAAUUAUGUAUGGGUGUUUGCCGUAGGUCGGGUGUGGCUGUUCCGCUAGUUGAAUAUGGCUGAACGGCUCUUGUAGCGUGUAUCGAUGAUUGCACCAGCAGCGCUCCAUUGUGAGCCCUUCCGUGAAACAUGUUUUUGUUGUCUCCUGACCCCAAACGAACACUUAUUUUUGCCCACGCGCGCGUUACUGCGGGUACAUAUUACGAGCUCCGGUUUGUGGUGCUGUGCGUUGCUGCGAGCUUGGAAGGGGAAGCCUUACCUACCCGGUGGGGCCUUGGCGUUUGGCGACCUAUUACCUUUCAAGUGCCUCUCAUGAGAUUGGCCAGAGCAGUGCACAGUGACUCAGUGCGUGUGGUGGGCCAGCAUGGUUUUGUCCCGGUGCCUAGGUAGUGUGUAGCCAGUCGGAUCUAAUAGUGAUGGUGCCCACGGAGCCCCCAUGGAAGAGGCGUCAGAUGGGCUUUUGUGUCAAGCCAUGGUGCGUGGAGCGUUCUUGCAAAUGGCCAGUGCCAGCUAGUAGCUUAGUCGCCCCUGUAUGCCAUUAACGACCUUGACUGGCAUCCACACGUGCUAUUGCAGAAGAUUGUUGGCUGUGCAUAUUCUAUUUGAGGCAGAUUGGGACCUGAACAAGGUUGGCGUUGUCAUGCGUUGGGACAUCUGUGCACAGUUGCCUGCGUCUUUGUUGUUUUUGCGGGGUACUGGUUAGGUUGGCGAGGAGGAGAACACGUACCUGUGUUAUGAUUUCGGGGCCGGACACGUAACCGGUCUAAUGUUGCGCUGAGAAAACGGCGUGGGUUCCGUGACGAAAACCGUGGCACUUAGAGCCUUGGUAUCAGAGCUAGGAGACGGUGAGCAAAUGUACCUCCACACUCUUUGGGUGCAACAAGUGAGCGGGACAAAGCAGCACCUAGGCUUUAUGUUUCUUACACUGUUGUUGUUUCUCUCGAUUGUUUGCAUCCCGCACGGACAAUGCUGACAGUACUUGCCAUGUGUGUGGCAGAGCGCUGCUUCGGUCUCAAGGGGGCCAGGCCUUGACCGCUCCACCGGUGCCUAGCUGUUGGUUGGUCGGUUGUUCUAGUUGUAUCUAUCUAAUGGCGGCUGUCAAGAGGAGUAGACAGGGUUGAACUGAUGUCGGCUUGACGACUGAUUGGGCUUUGACGCUUCAGCAAAUGUUCACCAUGCAGCAUAAGAUUUCCCGGAGGCUUUUCAGUUGGUGGUUAGUGAGAAUGGAUUGUUGCUUUCUUGGUUGGGGGCUACGAUAAAGGCGGUUUUUAACUGUUUAUUGGCUUGGAAGUUGCCUGUUGGCGGUUGGCAGUUGGAACAUACAGUACGGAACCCAGAUGCCUUGGCGUGGUGAGGUUGUCUGUGUACGGCAAGAAGUGUCUUGGGGUAAGGAGUAAUUUUUUAACCCAGAGCAGCUGAUUACGGGAGAACGCGCAUUGUGUUCGUAUAUGGAAGUUGGGCAUGAAGGAAAAUUCGUAGUCAUGAUGAUUUCUACACUUGGGGGAGUGGUUGACCGUCGGCAGUUAUGUAUCUCUCUGCCGAUGUCUGGUGAAACCUGUACUCAACGGUGGGGUCAUCGUACUCUGGUAGCUUGCGAGGAUUGGAAUGUAAGAACAAAUGACGUGUGGGCGUGUGCAUGCGCC